AUGGCCGUCUACGGCGCGCGCUACACGCUAGAGCAAUUGAAAGCUCUUCACGUUUUGCUCAACAAAGAAAAGNNAGGUACUCAGCAAUCGCAACAAGAGAAUGCCGGUCGCAAGCCACGCAAUCAAUCCCAAAGACCCGAAGAGCCCGCUCCCAUGGGCAACUUCUCGUCACAGAGACCAUCAUUACUACAGACUAGACACACUUCGCGCUCUACCCAGCAGCCCGGUACGUCAGCCGCUCUGUCCAGACCUGCCAAUAGCUUACCUUCACCAGAAGAAAUCGUGCUCGGCCCACCAAAAACAUCAUUCGCAUCUUCCCGGAAUAUCAACAAGCUCGAAGAGCGCGAGCAGGAACAAGAGUCACCAGUCGCCAACCAGCGCUCACGCUUCUUCCGUGACAGAGAGACCACAAAGACAGGCAACAACAGAGAUUGGCGCUCGUCCAAGCAACAGCAAGAAGAUGACGAUGCUUUGACUUCCGAGCCCAGGUUCACACCGCGUCAACCGCGCGAGGGCAACGGCAAUGGCUUUGGCCAGCGCUUCGACCAACGCUGGGCUCGCGACAAUAUCGACCGUGACCGUGGUGUUGACCGCGAGCGUGAGCGCGAACGUGAACGUGAGCGAGAAAGACCUAGCCAGCGCGGCGGAUGGCGAGACAAGGCACGCAACGAGCGCCAGCAGGACGCUCCCGAAAAGGAGCCCGAAUGGAUGGACGAGCCACUGGAGAAGGAGAACAAGAACCAGAUGCACACGCAGGAAGACUUUGAGCAGUGGAAGGAACGUAUGAGGGCUGCUGCCAACGGGUCCGCUACCGAAACCAAACAAGACGCAUUCGCCGACGAGGUCGCCACUCCGGUCAAGUCAACACCAGCACACUCGAAACCACAAACUCCUCUCGUGGCAGAUGCGCCCGGCUUCGACAAGAGCAUUUUCGGAUCUUGGGGAGAGAGCAAGAGGCUUGAGAGUCCUGUUGAUACCCGCACAACCAAGGCGCCGACUGGAGCAAAGGGAAAGUCUUCUCGCUUUGCAUCCAUGUUCCAAGCUCCCAAAGAGGAGGCUCGACCUGUUGCCGAAGAGGUUGCCAGCCCCGCUCCACUCGAGUCGAACGAAGACAAGGCAGGUUUCCUCAGGAUUAUGGCUGGCCUUAGAAGAGGACAAUCUCACUCUGGCGUUGACUCGCCUGUUAGAGAGCAGGAUGGAAGAGGGCCUCCAGCUGGCCCGCCGCCCGGCUUUGGCCUUCAGCCAUCAUCUCAAGAUCCCCUGGCGGCCAUGUUCGACAAGACUCCGGCAUCUACUCAGUCUCCUCGACCUCAGUCUGGCNNUUUUGCUUCCGAAUCUUUCCUGCCACCACCCUCUCAAUUCAGCCGUCCUACUAGUAAUGUCGCCUCCCCUGAUCCGUCGUCCAUGAGAGCGAACAACUCCGUGUCGCACCUACCUCAGCAGAUGCAGAACAUCUUCCUCGACCAAGCUCCUCGUAACGGUCCGACGCCCGAGAACUUCAACCAACAGCAUUCGCGCAAGCCAAACUCUUUGAACAAGGACUCCGAGUUCUUGCUUAACCUCAUUCAAGCCAAGAACGCCAACAGAGCUGCUCCCCCUGCUCGCAACCAACAUGAGCCUGAGCCCUUCCAACUCUUCCUCGACCAACCACCAAAGUCUCAACCACAGACCAUUGCUCCCAAGCCGCAAGCUCCUCGUCCUACUGAAUCUAUCGAGGAGCAGUUGUUCCGUGGCAACCAACACAUGGACCAGGGCCGCCCUCGUGCUCCUCCUGGCUUCAUUGAAGAUCCUUCCAUUGUUUUGCAGCAAGCCCAACGCAGCUAUCCCAACGGUCCUCUUCAGCCGCGCCGCCAGAGCGCUGCUCAGCAGAUGCCGAAUGCUGGUCCUGGUGCUCCUCAGGACUUUCCCCCAAAUUUCCCUUACAUGGCUGGUGGUCCUCCACCUCCUGGUCCUGGUGACCGCCUGCCUCCGGGCUUCAACCCUAACAUGCGCCACCCUCCUGGCUUCGGUAACAUGCCCGGCGUCUUUCAGCAGCCUAGUUCCCAGCCUCCUCCGCAGCAGGGCGCAGGCAUGCAAGGUCCUCCUCCCGGCUUCCCGUCUGGUAUGGGCUUGCCACCUCCUGGAUUCGGAGCUCACGGCCCACCACCACCUGGCUUCUUCAACAACCCCAACCACAUUCCCGGUGUUCCUCCCGGUUUUGCUCCUCCGGGCAUGAUGAUGAUGCCCGGCUCUAACGUAAGGAGCCCCGAUGGCACACCUGGCAUGAGAAGUCCCCAAGAAGGCCCUGGUAUGGGCAUGCCAAUGCUCCAAGGCAUGGGUGCUGCUUACGGCGGUAGACGCUAG